AUUACGACUUGAAAUCAAUUAAAGGUUUGGGGUCAAGUUUUUAGGCCCAACUUACAACCCGCAGUUGGAUUUAUAAAAACCCUAGUUUUAUCCGAAAAUUUGAUCACUGAAAACCCUGAAAGAAUGGUGAUGGGCAAGAAGAAUGAAUCUGAGAAGGAAGAAGAAUCCAAUGCUUCCCCUGGAGAAGAAAGGAACAGAACUCGCGGUGAAGCUGAAAUUAAGGCCAGUCAGGAGCCUAAAAUUGAAGAAGAAGAAAGUUCAGAUGACGAAGGACCAUUCCCAGAACCAUAUCCAGUCAAAAGGAUUCCCGUUAAAUACUAUUGCUGCUCCUCAGACUCUUUAGACUCCUCAGACUCCGACUCUGAAGAAUCCAAUGCUUCCCCUGGAGAAGACAGGAACAGAACUCGCGGUGAAGCUGAAAUUAAGGCCAGUCAGGAGCCUAAAAUUGAAGAAGAAGAAAGUUCAGAUGACGAAGGACCAUUCCCAGAACCAUAUCCAGUCAAAAGGAUUCCCGUUAAAUAUUAUUGCUGCUCCUCAGACUCUUUAGACUCCUCAGACUCCGACUCUGAAGAAUCCAAUGAUUCCCCUGGAGAAGACAGGAACAGAACUCGCGGUGAAGCUGAAAUUAAGGCUGGCGAGUACCCACCCUUGGACUACAGUCAGGAGGCCAAAGAGCCAUCCCCAGGCCGAAUGGUUCCCCGUAACGUCCCUCACUCUGACUCCUCUGACUUCUCGGACUUCGAAUCCAAAAACGUCCCUGAAACUCAAGCAAACAAAUCCGUGCUCGCCAACGACCUCAUGUCUGCUUCAUCUAUUUUGCAGGUUAAAUAUGGAACUAAACGCCCGACAGAGGCUGGUGAUGAGGAUUUUAAGCGAGCAAAGACUACUCAAGAAUGAAUGAAUACUGCAUUCGUUUUAUGUUUGAGUUCUAAGAAGACUAAUGCGCCUGUGCUGUUAUUUAUUUUGAUGUUAAUGUACAACUCGGAAUAAAUGAUAUGCAUAAUUUAUGUAUAUAUUUAUUUACAAACCA